UCUUGUAGCUGGAGACUCAUAGCUUCACUGUGAUACUUGUCUCUCAGGCUGAACUUUUAUUGGAAACUUACUUUUACCUCUCUUAACACACCAAUAUAGGACAAAGUGCUGCAUAAUGGGGCUUCUUACCCUUCCUGUUUUUAUUUCAGUUAUGCUUUGUGUGGCGCAAGGAAGUCCCCAACUUCGAAGAGCGAAUGAUCGUCAAGGACAGUGCACCUACACAUUCACAGUUCCAAGUCCUAGGGAAGGAACCUGCACAGAACCUGGAGAAGCAAUGACAGCUAUUUGGGAACUACAACGUGAAAACUCUGCUGUCAAACAAGAUGCUGAUGCUUUGAAAAUUAGGCUGAGCUUAUUGGAGAAGGUGAUCAACAGGUUAUUGGGAGGUGAAGGAGUUGGACAAUCAACUUCUGCACCCCACUCUUUCACAGAUGCUCAGAUAGAACUGCAGAGGCUGAAGUUGGAAAAGGAUGAAUGGGAAAGUCAAAGGGGUAGUCUGGAGAUGGCUUAUUCAGACCUUCUGAAGGAGAAGUCUUCUUUGGAAGAAGAAAAACAGAGGCUAACUGAGAGGCUAGAAAAGGUGCAACAAAGGCAAUGUCCUCAAGUUGUCGAGACAUCUAGGAAUAGAGAUCAGCCAGUACCUUCAAAACAAGAACCCUCUGCAACAGGAAGUCGUGGAGUGGCAGCCAGAAAAUCCUCAGUACAAAGCAGGGGUGGACCCUCUGAAUUGUCUCGCUGGGGAGCAGACGGGGUGGGGUACCAGGAGCUGAAAUCAGAGCUGACAGCACUUCCGGCUUCUAGAAUGUUACCAGAAAUUCACUCAGCAAGUCAAGGACCAGAGGACACGGGAACAGAUGGAUGUGGUGAACUUACAUGGCUUGGCGAACCCACUACUUACAGAAAGGCAGAUAAUAUAGCAGGGAAAUAUGGAGUUUGGAUGAAAGACCCUGAACCACCAUCUCCCUUUACCCUGGACACUAUUUGGAGAAUAAAUACUGUGGGGGCAGACAUACGUCAAGUUUUUGAGUACGAAACUCUUGAUGAACUAGUAAAAGGCUAUCCUACCAAAGUAUAUGUUGUACCUCGUUCCAUGGAGAGCAAUGGGGCCGUGGUAUACAAGGGCUCUCUCUACUACGUACGCCGAAAAUCUAGAAUAUUAGUAAAAUAUGAUUUCAAAACAGAAACGUUAGCAAUCCAGAAGGAACUUGUUGACGCUGGAUAUCAUGGUAAAUUCCCUUAUUCCUGGGGAGGCUAUACAGAUAUUGAUCUGGCAGUGGAUGAGAUGGGUUUGUGGGCGAUCUAUAGCACAGAAAAUACUAAAGGAUCUAUAGUUAUUUCACAGUUAGAUCCCAAAACCUUGGAAGCGAAGCAGAGCUGGAACACCACAAUUCGGAAGCAGUCCGUGGCUAAUGCUUUCAUGGUGUGUGGCUCACUCUACACGGUUGGGAGCUAUGCCUCUCCAACCACCACAAUCAAUUUUGCUUUUGAUACUCACACAGGUGUCCAGAAGCAAACUAGCAUCCCAUUUCAGAAUCUCUAUGGCUACACCAGUAUGGUGGAUUACAACCCAACUGAGAAAAAAAUUUAUGGCUGGGACAAUUAUAACAUGGUGGCCUAUGAUGUUAGGCUUUCCAAAAUGUGAGUAAACAUGGAAGUGGAGAAUCAUAUGUGAAAAAGGCAGGGUGGGAAGACUGCCGGUUGGCAUGGGGGACAUUAGGAGGGAGGGGGUUAGCUUUGCUGCAGAAAAAAAAAAAAGAAGCCAAGAACUAAGAGGAACUACCUCUCAUGCACGUCUCCCAAUAUUAUCUGUGCUUUAGCCACUGAAACAUGUUCUUCCUUGCAGUGAGGUACCAUAUACUCAAGCGGAAGUGGGGAACAAAUAAUGCUUUGUAACGUUUGUGGCAUUAGGAGAUACAAUCAGAAGGCAGAACCUAGAGCAAAAUCAUGCUUGUAUUCGGAAUCUGAAAAGAUUUCCCCAUAGGCUAGUUAUGCUUACACAGUUUAUUGGAUACAUAUAGAGAACUGGAGUAACCGGCCACCAAGCAUAGUAUGUACUUCCAUGCAGGAAAAGUCUGUAGCACCAAAUCUUACCUCUUAUAAAUCAAUCCCUUUUAGUCAAAGGUACACAUUUUGUGAAGAUUGCUAAGCCAUGAUCCUUCUUGGAAAGACAGAAUAGUAAAUAAGAAUGGGAGUCAUCUCCAACAUCACUGGGAUAUCAUAACUAUCUCUGCAACUCUUAAUAGAUGCUUAAAGGGGUUUUCCAAGUUCUAGAUAUUGAUAACCUAUCCUCAGGAUAGGUUAUUAAUAUCCAAUUGGUGAAGGUUCGACACACCCUGCAGCCACCGAUGCUGGAUCUAGCCCUUGAAUGGAGUCGGAAGCACAGCUCCGUUCAAAGUGUAGUGGCCGUGUCGGGUUACUGCAGCUCAGCUCCAACUGAAGUGAAUGGGAGCCGAGCUGCAGUAACCCAGCAUGGCCACUACACUUUGAACGGAGCUGUGCUUCCCGCUCCAUUGAAAGUGCUAGGUCCAGCACUGGAGGCUGCAAGGAACAACCAAUCAAGAGGGUGCUGGGUGUCGGACCCUUUACUGAUUAGAUAUAACGACCUACCUGUGGCGUGUAAGUGUUCAAUAUGUCAACCAAGCUUUUGAUUUUGUGACAGCAGUCAUGUAGAUUGAUGAAACAAAGCCUGAUUGCUCUGAAUUCUGCACCAAGGUCACACCUAUUUUAGUAAGGGGCUACAAGCAGACUAAUUUUAUGAUUAAACCUCAUGACAUCCACGUUGUGUGCCACAUAAAAUCUAUUUCACCACCCAGUCACUAGUUGCAAAGUGGUGUUAACCCUUUACUAACGCAAUGCUGCUGGACGUCUGUGUAAUAAGGGAUUUAUGCAUCAAGUAAAGCACGUGCCUCUACAAACCUAUGUAUACAAAGUGCACUGUCAAAUAUAUGACCCUCAGAAUGUAACUGUAUAUUGUUCAAUCAAACCUGUACCCUAUAAUAAAGGUAGAAAAUACAUUUAUACAUUUUUAGUUUUCAUCCUACAGCAAAAAGACUUACUAAUACAUUCCAAAGUAAUGUUACGAUGCAGAUAUUAUCCUUACUACAGGUUUUGUUAUGUAGAUAAAUAUAUGAAGAAUCUUGUUCUAUCAAAAUUGGUCAAAAUGUAUCAAAACAAAAUGCAGUUGUUGCUUUCAAAUAUCUUGUAUAUUAUAAGAAUAAAGACUAUUUUCUACUG